CGUGAGUGAAAUGGAGCGGUCUCGUACACGCGGUAACAUUUCCACCGUCAAUCUUCUUAUAGGAGUUAUUGGGAGCUGCGAAGGGGAAGAUGGCAGCGAGCUGAACCGGUGGUUAGAUUUAGUAAAAAAAUGGGAGUUGAGGUUUACUUGCUAUACGUACAAGUGUCUUCUUCAGGCGUACCUGAGAUUGAGUGACUCGAAUAAGGCUUUCGGUGUUUAUCGAGAAAUAAGAACACACGGAUACAAAUUGGACAUUUUCUCAUACAAUAAACUGAUCGAUGCUCUUGCCAAGGAUGAAAAGGUAGAACAAGCAAGCACGGUCUUCAAGGACAUGCAAAAGAGGCACUGCAAGCCUGAUGUGUACACCUACACAAUUCUGAUUAGAAUGAAUGGGAAAAAUGGGAAACCCAAUGAAUCCCUAGUUUUAUUCCAAGAAAUGCUUUCGAAUGGCUGCUCUCCUAAUCUUAUUGCUUAUAACACAAUGAUUCAAUCACUCUCUAAGAGUCGCAUGGUCGAGAAGACCCUUUUUCUUUUCUCAAAGAUGAUUGAAAACAAUUGCAGGCCAAACGAGCUUACAUACAGUUUCAUUUUACAUGUUCUAGCAGCAGAAGGCCAGCUCCAUAGACUUAAUGAAGUUGUGGAAGUCUCCAAGAGAUUUAUGAAUAAAUCAACAUACGCAUACCUUGUCAGGACACUAAAUAAAUUGGGCCAUUCCAGUGAAGCCCACAGGCUUUUCUGCUCCAUGUGGAAUUUCCAUGAUAAGGGAGAUAGAGAUGCUUACCUGUCAAUGCUUGAGAGUUUAUGCACUUCUGGGAAGUUAAUUGAAGCUAUUGACCUGCUUUCUAAAAUGCAUGAAAAAGGUAUAGGCACUGACACCUUCAUGUACAAUGUAAUUUUCUCUGCUCUUGGAAAGUUAAAACAAAUUCCACAUAUUCACGACCUUUAUGAAAAGAUGAAGCAGAGCGGAGUCCCACCAGACUUGUUUACUUAUAACAUUUUGAUAUCUAGCUUUGGUAGAGCUGGAAGAGUUGCAGAAGCUGUUGAAAUAUUUGAAGAGCUUGAAAGCAGUAACUGGAAACCUGACAUUGUCUCUUACAACUCCUUGAUAAACUGUCUUGGGAAGAAUGGUGAUGUGGAUGAAGCACAUAUGAGGUUCAUAGAGAUGCAAGAAAAGGGUAUGAAUCCAGAUGUGGUGACAUAUAGCACACUCAUUGAAUGUUUUGGAAAGACUGAGAAAGUUGAGAUGGCCUGUCAGAUGUUCGAUGCAAUGCUGGCCGAAGGAUGUUUUCCAAACAUAAUCACUUAUAAUAUCUUGCUUGACUGUCUCGAGAGAUGUGGGAGAACUGUUGAGGCGGUCGAUUUGUUUGCUAAACUUAAAGAACAGGGUUUAGUGCCUGAUUCAAUUACUUAUUCAAUUCUUGAUCGGUUGCGGAGUGGCGGGAAACAGACGGGUAGGGUUCGUAGGCAGAAUCCAGUUACGGGUUGGGUUGUUAGUCCAUUGAGGUGAUGGAGAUUGUUUUUUCAUUGGAGGGAUUUUUCCUUCACCGUGACAUUUUCAUUGGUGAUUCAUGUGGACUGUCCUUGGGGACGCAUGUAACGGUGGUGGGCACACCAAGGUGGGCUCAUUCCGAAAAGGAUUCUAGAAUUGCGGCUGGGGAGGAGACAGUGAUGGUUUCACAGUUCAUGAUGGAGUUACAAGGGUUGAAGACGGUGGAUGGGGAGGACCCGCCAAGGGUACUUCAUCUUAACCCACGUUUGAAAGGGGAUUGGAGUGGAAGGCCAGUGAUUGAGCAGAACACGUGUUACUGGAUGCGAUGGGGAGCUGCAAUGAGGUGUGAUGGAUUAAUAUCCAAGGCUGAUGAAGAGACUGGUGAGUGUUUUUUCAUCUUUCUUUUUAUGUAAGAUAUAGUGACUGAUUUUGGUCUGAAACCUGCUUUUUCUUCUUCUUUCUUUUUGUACUUCAGUUCGGAUGUUUUCUUCAUACUCCGUUUUUUUGCACAUUUAGUAACAUUUUAAAAUUGUGGUAUUUUGAAUAUUUUAUUUCCUGGAUUUCCUUCUAAGCAUGUGUGUUAAUAUUGGUAAAGUUUCAUUUCAUUUGAAAAUAGAAAAAAUUCAUGGUUAAAUUACUCUGAAGUGUUUGCAGCAAUUUGCUGAAUAUAGUGAUUACAGUCUUUAUAGGUGUCAUACCUUGAACUACAACAAUAAAUCUCUAUCAACAUCAACAUGAACGUUGUUGCCUAAUGCGUCUCAGUUGCAGCAUCAAUUUAGGUAGAAAAAUUUAUUUUCUUUUGAAGCAAUUUAGAUUAAAACACUUAUGUGGGGCCUCACUAUUUGAGUAUUGGUCUGCCUAUGGUUGUGGAUUUUACAUCAAGAUUUUAGGGGUUCUGAGGUUAAUAUCAUCCCGCUAUUGCUAUUCUGGAAAGUCCUAAUACAAUUCUAAAUCAUAAACCAAUGAAUAAGCUUAAUUUUAGGGAAGUUAAAAGAAUCAUUCUUGCCUUGCUGUGUAUGUUUUUAUUAUUACACUAAUGGUGAGCUUCAAUUUCCACCGACUUGAAGUUUGACAAUUACUCUAUUAGAACACCGGCCAGUACUUGAUUUGUAUUUUGGCAAGCACAUUUGUAACUCAGUGAUUUUCUGCUUAUUUCAAUAAAACCAUUUAUUUAUGAUUUCUGGACUGUACAAAGUUGAUGGGCAGGUUGAAUGUGAGAAGUGUAUUCGCGAUGAUGAUAUUCGCUCUGAGGAAUCAAAGGCCACAUGGUGGAUUCAUAGGCUGAUUGGCAGGACAAAGAGGAAAGUUUCAAUUGGAUAUUAUAUUUGCUGAUAUAUUUAUAUAAAAUUCAAGUUUUAGUGAUAAGUUGUUUGUUUACCACUAUAUAAUAUACGGAGUACACACAUAUAACUAGCUUAUAAACACUUUCAACGUGAUGUGGCGUGGAUUAAGUCUUGCCAGAUAAGCAUGUAUUACGUAUUUAAUGACGACUCAUUUUAUUGUAAGAAAACACGGUAUUCAUACAUCUCCUCAUGACAUGCUACAAUGUUCAACAUUUUGU